AUGGCCAGCCGGCCGCCAGGCGCGCCGUCUCCCAGCGACAACCUCAUCGACUUUGACGACCACCAGCCCGCAUACUCGUCGGGCCAGCCGCCGCCCGCCCCCGACCACGACCUCCUCCACCGCUACGACAUCGACGCCUCGGAUGCGCCGCCGCAGGGCCGGCCCUCGGUCUCGUACGAUGACUUUGUCGGCGGCC